AUGGUGGCUACUAGAGAAGAAGUUUUAGGAGUCUUUUUUGCGUCAAUCAUUGGAUUUUCCAUCACCUUUCAAUUAUCCACUUCCAUCCUCAAAAGGCUUGUACAGAAAGAUGGAUUUGCCUUGGAACCGAAACAUCACCACACACUCGUCAGCCAUGGUCCUUCCUAUGUUUGUUCCAUGAUUCACUGUGUCAUCAAUGGUUAUUGUGGAAUCGUGCAACUUAUUGGCCUACGUGAUGCCCCUUCUCAAGUCAAGUUGGUUUUCCCACCUGUCCCAGAGGAAGUCGCGCUAUACAUUCGCGGGGUCGAGCUGUCCAAUGCCUUCUUCUUUGCCUUUCUUGCAUUUGAUCUCUUUCACGUUCUACGGUUGUACCCCAAACUUGGUGGCAUCGACACUGUGGCUCACCAUUCGGUCUUUUUGACCUGUAGCAUUAUCAAUGGCGGCUAUCAAAUCUUGCCGUAUCCUUUCAGUUGGUUGAUCAUUGGCGAGCUAUCAACGAUAUUCCUCAACAUUCGCUGGGCACUGAUCAAAACAGGGAGAGGAAAUACAAUAUUCUUCCAGGGGGUCCAAUACGCAUUUGCUCUGACGUUUUUCAUCACACGAGUCGUCAUCUAUUUGUACGGCGUUUUCGAGCUAUUUCAACGAAGGGAAACACUUUUCGAGAUUGUUUCCACAGGUAGAGUGCCUGGUAUUUUCAUGGGGAUAACGCUGUCCUUUGUCGCGGCCGGGAGCUUGCUCAACGCUAUCUGGUUUCAAAAGAUUGCCGCAAUGGCGAUGUUGAAACAGACAAAAAAAGACACCAAAGCAACAUGA